AGAGUCGGGUCGGGCCGUGCCGACGAGACGAGUUCUGCUGACUCACCGCGCCAAGCUCUCGAGUAGUCCAGUUCCUUCGCUUCGUUCUUCGACUGCAGGACGCAGACGCCACAGGAAACCCGAACGAUCCGCUCCCUAAAACCCUAAAUUCUCUCUCCAUCUCUCCGACGCACCCGCGCGAAACCACCAUCGACACUAGCUUGCGCUCUCGUAGGAUUCGAGGUCCUGUUCGCUUCUGCUUAUUUUGCUCACCGUCUGCGUUGCCGGCCGCAGCGGCUCCCCCUGGAAUCUCACCUUUUUGCGCCGCGCCGCGCCGCGGAGAGAAAGAGGCUGAGAGGAAGGAAGAGGAGGGAGAAAAGAUGGUGUUUGGGCAAGUGGUUAUUGGUCCUCCAGGAUCAGGAAAGACUACUUAUUGUAAUGGCAUGUCUCAGUUCCUCCAACUCAUCGGAAGGAAAGUUGCUGUCAUUAAUAUGGAUCCUGCCAAUGAUAUGUUGCCGUAUGAAUGCGCUGUAAAUAUUGAGGAACUUAUAAAACUAAGUGACGUGAUGAUGGAGCAUUCUCUUGGGCCUAAUGGAGGUCUUGUGUACUGUAUGGAUUACCUAGAGAAGAACAUUGAUUGGCUGCAAUCUAAGCUGAAACCUCUUCUAAAAGAUCACUAUCUUCUCUUUGAUUUCCCUGGCCAGGUGGAGUUAUUUUUUCUUCACUCAAAUGCCAAGAGACUUAUAGAGAAACUUGUAAAGAAGUUGAACCUUCGUUUGACCGCAGUGCAUUUAAUUGAUUCCCAUCUAUGCAGUGAUCCAGGCAAAUAUAUAAGUGCUCUGCUUCUCUCUCUAUCGACCAUGCUACAUCUGGAACUCCCACACAUCAAUGUCUUGUCUAAGAUCGAUCUUAUUGAGAGCUAUGGGAAGCUAGCUUUUAAUCUCGAUUUUUACACGGAUGUGCAAGAUUUAUCCUAUCUACAGCAACAUCUUGACCAGGAUCCUCGCUCUGCAAAGUACAGGAAGCUUACGAAGGAACUUUGCGAUGUGAUAGAAGAUUAUAGUCUUGUCAAUUUUACAACUCUGGAUAUCCAGGACAAAGAAAGUGUUGGGAACCUCGUGAAGCUGAUAGACAAGAGCAAUGGCUAUAUAUUUGCUAGUAUUGAACCUAGUGCUGUUGAAUUUAGCAAGAUAGCCAUUGGUCCGGUUGAUUGGGACUACUACAGAGUGGCAGCAGUGCAGGAGAAGUACAUGAAGGAUGACAAAGAUGAUGAUAAUUAACAGGAAAAGUUGAAAAAUGUUCUGAUCAACUUGCGGCUCGAAGUUGCUUUGUGUGAUGGGAAAUGAGGUGGAAACUGCAAAGUAUUGAUGUGGAAACUGCAAAGUAUGCAGGUGAAAAGAUCGCUGCUUCAAAUCUUUCCUCCAAUCAAUAUCUCCGGAUAAUCACAACGUGCUUGUCGAAAAUCAGGGAACUAACCAACUCUUUGGAUUUCGGCAUCCUUGCAGAGUAUAAAAAAUGAAUUAGGUGGGGUUCCUUGACUUUAAAAAUUGCUUAAUUGUGACUUUGCUAUGUAAGCUGUAGAAAUUUGAGAGCCUUGAAUGACUCAAAAACACUCGUUAGGUGUUGUUACCUACACUUUGUUGUGGCAAAUGCUUAAAUUCAGAUGUAAAGUCUUGGAUCUUUCUCGCAGUUGUAUGGCAUGUCAAGUCAACCGUGAAUGACUUGAGAACCCUCGUUAGGUGUUGCUAACCACACUUGUUACUGUCAAGUGAAGAUUUUUUUGAUACAUUAUUUGAAUGUCAUUUCCAUGCUUUGACGUAA